CCUGUGCCAUAGUACCAAGUCGCGAAACUUGUAGGUAGUACGUUCGUUCAAAGUCGAUCGUCAAAGAACACAGAAUAUAGAGGUUAGUGGCACUUGGAAUGCUGUGAUUGUGCGAGUGUGUGUGAAUUUUCCGGGUUUCCCAUACUGUGUUCGGUUUGGGAAUUCGAGAUCUACUCGAUCUUUAUUGGAUUGCGAUCUGGAAUGCAGCUUUUCGAGAUUUCGUUCUAGUGGUGUUUAGAUCGAAUCAGGGAAUAUGUUGAUAAGGAUAAAGACGACUAUAUUAGUCGUCUCUGUUCUACUUCUAAGGAUAGGUUUAGCAGAAAUUAGUUCAACCAAUUUAUUCACAUGUCCCAACGGUUGGGAACUUAGAGGUUUACAUUGUUACAAAUAUUUCAACAUCAGGCAUUCAUGGGAAAAAGCUGCAGAGCUCUGUAGAAGAUAUGGCAGUGAUCUUAUAUCUGUAGAAACUUACGAAGAGAACAAUGUAACAUCAUCUAUAGCUACCUCGUCAGUACCAAUAGAAAGGAGGAAUGCUACAAGAAACAAUUUUUGGCUAGGUUUAGCAUCAUUAGAUGACUUAAAAACCAACACACUUGAAUCUGCUGCUGGCACAUUGGUUUCACAGUAUUCAGGUUUUUGGUCUCUACACCAACCAAAUCCAUCCUCAGGAGAAUGUGUAGAUGUGACACUCACCGGAGAAACGCAAUCAUGGGAACUAACCACUUGCGAAAGACUGCUCCCAUUUAUGUGUCGUACAAAAGCCUGUCCAGAAGGAUCCUUCCACUGUUCCAAUGGACGCUGCAUCAACGAGAAAUUCCGUUGCGACAAACAGGACGACUGCGGAGAUUCCUCAGACGAGGUAGAUUGUCCUUCGAACUGCAACUUCUACUUCGCCAGUAGCGGAGGAGUUGUAGAAAACCCGGAUUAUCCGCACAAAUAUGCACCUCUCACCAAUUGCAAGUGGACGUUGGAAGGUCCUCAAGGACACAAUAUUCUACUCCAGUUCCAAGAAUUCGAGACUGAGAAAACUUUUGAUACUGUACAAAUUCUGGUAGGAGGAAGAACUGAAGAUACAUCUGUAAACCUAGCAACUCUAUCAGGAAAACAAGAUCUUACCAACCAUUCCUUCGUUUCUGCCUCCAACUUCAUGAUUAUCAAAUUCAGUACUGAUGCUUCUGUAGAAAGAAAAGGCUUCAGGGCAUCUUGGAAGACUGAACCUUCGAGUUGUGGAGGUACGCUUAGAGCGACUACUCAACCUCAGGUUCUGAGCUCUCCUGGAUACCCUGAGCAGUAUCCUGGAGGUUUGGAAUGUUUAUAUAUCAUAAGUGCCAUACCUGGACGGAUUAUCUCACUGGAAAUUGAGGAUUUGGAGUUGGAGAACAACAAGGACUAUAUUCUAGUUAGAGAUGGAGAUUCACCGAAAAGCAAACCUAUUGCUAGAUUAACUGGAGGUCUGCAAAACAACCAAAGAGUCAUAAUUUCAACCCAAAGCAACUUAUACCUAUAUUUCAAGACAAGUCUGGGCGAUUCCAAAAAAGGAUUCAAAAUCAAAUACACACAAGGCUGCAGAGCUACAAUUGAAUCAACCAACGGUACUGUAUCAUCACCAGCUUUUGGACUGACUGAAUAUCCAAGCAAUCAAGAAUGUUUGUACAAGAUAAAGAACCCAGAAGGAGGUCCUCUAUCCCUGAAUUUCAAAAGGUUUGAAGUGGACAAAUCAGAUUUUGUUCAAGUAUACGAUGGUUCCUCCACAACUGGGUUGAGACUUCACUCUGGUAACGGUUUCUCUGCCAAUUCAAAGCCAAAGAUCACUUUGACCGCAUCCAGUGGAGAAAUGCUCCUGAGAUUCGUAACUGAUGCCCUCCAUGAUAGCAUUGGUUGGGAAGCAACGUUCUCUGCAGAUUGUCCACCUCUGAAACCUGGUGAUGGAGCCUUGGCUUCAAGUAGAGAUACUUCAUUCGGUACAGUUGUCACAUUUAAUUGUCCAAUUGGCCAAGAGUUUGCAACUGGAAGGAACAGAAUCACAACAAAAUGUUUGCCUGGUGGUAACUGGUCGAUUAGCUAUAUACCAAAAUGCCAAGAAGUCUACUGUGGUCCUGUACCACAAAUUGACAAUGGUUUCUCUACUGGAUCUACUAAUGUUACAUACAGGGGACAAGCCAUGUAUCAGUGUUAUGCUGGCUUUGCUUUCCCAACAGGACAACCUAUUGAAAGAAUAUCUUGUUUAGCCGAUGGUAGAUGGGAGAAGAAACCAAAUUGUUUAGCUUCUCAGUGCUCAGCAUUGCCAGAAGUACCACAUGCAAAUGUUACCCUUCUCAAUGGUCUUGGUCGAUCUUAUGGUACCAUUGUCCGUUAUGAAUGUGAACCCGGGUACGUCAGAAGUGGACCUCCAGUAAUUUUGUGUAUGAGUAAUGGUACAUGGUCAGGAGAAGUUCCAACCUGUUCAAGAGCCAAGUGUCCAGUAUUCCCAGAAAUCAAGAAUGGUUAUUUCAUUGAUAGCACCAGAGAGUAUUUCUUCAACGACGAAGCUAGAGUUCAAUGUCACAGAGGUUACAAAUUGAUUGGUAGUGGAGCUCUACGAUGUGGUGAAAAUCAAGAAUUCAACAGUCCACCGAAAUGUGAGGAUAUCAAUGAAUGUAUCGCUUCACAAUGCGAUGCUGCAUCUACAGAAUGUAUAAACAACCCUGGAUCUUUCCAUUGCAAGUGCAAGAAGGGUUUCGUUUCCAGAACUGAUUGCAGACCAUUGGAAUUGGGUUUGAUAAAUGGUGGUAUACCAGAUGAAGCUAUCUCCGUAUCAAGUACCGAGCCUGGAUAUAACAAAAAUAAUAUUCGUUUGAACAACGGUCUUGGAUGGUGUGGAAACUCUCAAGAAGGUGGUGCAAAUUGGGUUCUUGUAGACUUAAAAGCACCUACUAUCGUGAAAGGCUUCAAAACAAUGAGUGUUGAUAGACCAGAUGGCAACUAUGCUUUUACCACAGCUAUGAGACUGCAAUACACAGAUGAUCUAACAGACGCCUUCAAAGAUUAUAGAAAUCCUGACGGUACAGCUGUUGAGUUCAGAAUUCUAGAACCAACUCUUUCGAUUCUGAAUCUGCCAGUGCCAAUUGAAACAAGAUAUAUCAAGUUCAAGAUUCAGGAUUAUGUUCGUGCUCCCUGCUUGAAAUUGGAAGUCAUCGGUUGCACCAAACUGGAAUGCCUGGACAUCAAUGAAUGUGCUGUUAAUAAUGGUGGUUGCGAUCAAAAAUGUAUAAAUAACCCAGGUGAUCAUAGUUGUGCCUGCAACAUUGGUUUUGAGCUAUACACUCGAAAUGGAACAGCCUCAUAUUAUAUAGAAAAAUCAGAAAAUGGACUGAGAGAUGGUGAUUCCUACCAAGUGAAUAAAUCUUGCGUGCCAGUAAUGUGUCCAAAUUUGAGCCCUCCUGAGAAUGGCUUGAUUCUUUCCACUGAAAAAUACUACCACUUUGGUGAUCUAGUCAGUUUCCAAUGUGAUUUUGGUUAUAUCAUGUCUGGUUCUUCUUACCUUUUGUGUACAUCCACUGGUGUUUGGAAUGGAUCAGUACCAGAGUGUAAAUAUGCCCAAUGUGUCUCUCUUCCUGACGAUAAAAAUGAGGGGCUUCGAGUUUUAAGAAAUGAUGACUCUAGCGUCUUGGUACCGUUUAGAGAGAAUGUAACGUUGAGUUGUGAUCUUAAUGGUAAACAGUUAAGAAGAACUGCGACAUCAGGAUUCAGGCAAUGUGUUUACGAUCCUAAACCAGGUUUACCAGACUACUGGCUCAGUGGAAAUCUUCCUUCUUGUCCAAGAGCUGAUUGCGGCAUACCUCAACCAUCCCCAGGUGCUGAAUAUGGUAGAUAUAUGGAUACCAAAUACCAAUCGUCUUUCUAUUUCGGUUGCCAGAACACUUUCAAAUUAGCUGGACAAAGUAGCAAACAUGACAACAUAGUAAGAUGUCAAGCAAAUUCAGUUUGGGAUUUCGGUGAUCUUAGAUGUGAAGGUCCAGUUUGCCAGGAUCCCGGUAGACCAAGCGACGGUUACCAAAUUGCUGGGAGCUACGAACAGGGUUCAGAAGUAUCUUUUGCAUGUAAUAGACCCGGUUACAUUUUGAUAAACCCGAGACCUAUCACUUGUGUUCGCGAGCCAGAAUGUAAGAUAGUGAAACCUCUUGGUCUUGCUUCUGGAAAGAUUCCAGAUUCAGCCAUCAAUGCGACAAGUGAGAGGCCUAAUUAUGAAGCCAGAAAUAUAAGGCUGAACUCUGUGACUGGAUGGUGUGGUAAACAAGAAGCUUUUACAUACGUCAGUGUUGAUUUAGGGAAAGUGUAUCGGGUUAAAGCUAUCCUAGUAAAAGGGGUUGUCACAAAUGAUAUUGUUGGACGUCCAACUGAAAUUAGGUUUUUCUACAAACAAGCAAGUAGUGAAAAUUACGUUGUAUACUUCCCCAAUUUCAAUUUGACGAUGAGAGAUCCUGGCAAUUAUGGAGAACUUGCAAUGAUAUCUCUGCCGAAAUAUGUACAAGCCAGGUUCGUUAUUCUUGGCAUUGUGAGCUAUAUGGAUAAUGCCUGUUUGAAAUUCGAGUUGAUGGGAUGCGACGAACCAGAGGAAGAACCACUUCUUGGUUACAAUUAUGGCUAUUCACCGUGUGUUGAUAACGAGACUCCUGUUUUCCAAAAUUGUCCACAGCAACCAAUUGUUGUACAGAAAGAUGCCAAUGGUGGUCUUCUGCCAGUCAAUUUCACUGAACCAACAGCUGUUGAUAACUCUGGAAGUAUUGCACGUCUUGAGGUCAAGCCACAAAACUUCAAAACUCCGUUGUAUGUCUUUGAAGAUAUGGUUGUCAAAUACGUUGCUUUCGACUAUGACGGUAAUGUUGCUAUCUGUGAAAUCAACAUUACUGUACCAGACAACACUCCACCUCAGUUAAGUUGUCCACAAAGUUACGUUAUCGAACUAGUUGAUAAGCAAGAUAGUUACAUCAUCAAUUUCAACGAAACAAGACGUAGAAUCAACACAACCGAUGCUUCUGGUGAAGUAAACAUAGCAUUCGUACCAGAAAAAGCUGUUAUUCCCAUUGGAUCAUUCGAGAAUGUUACGGUGUUUGCUACAGACAAAUUUGGAAACAAGGCUUCUUGUCACUUCCAGGUUUCUGUUCAAGCUACACCUUGUGUUGACUGGGAGCUUAGCCCACCAUCAAAUGGUGCUUUGAACUGCAUACCUGGAGACAGAGGAUUAGAAUGCGUUGCCACAUGUAAUCCUGGAUACAGAUUUACAGAUGGCGAGCCCAUUAAAACAUUCUCUUGUAGUACAAGAAAACCCUGGACACCUACCUCUGUCGUACCAGAUUGUGUAUCUGAAGAUACUCAACAAGCUGACUACCAUGUCACCGGUACCAUAUCCUAUAGGGCCAAUGGUGCUGUAGCCACAUCCUGUUUGAACCAAUACACUGAUGUUGUCUCACAAUAUUACGCAAACCUAAAUGCCAUUCUGUCUCAGAGAUGUUCAGCUGUGAAUGUUGACAUGAACGUUACGUUCAUUAAAGCAAUUCCCGUAUUGAUCGAAGAGAAUGUUCUCAAUAUAGAUUAUGUUCUAAAUAUUGUGCCAGUUAUUCGACAACCUCAAUUGUACGAUUUAUGUGGUAGCACUCUAAAUCUGGUAUUCGAUUUAUCGGUACCUUACGCAAGUGCUGUAAUAGAUCCUUUAUUGAAUGUUGCUGCUAUUGGAAACCAGUGUCCACCUCUGAAGGGUCUGAAAUCUAGCAUCACUCGAGGAUUCACUUGUAGCGUUGGUGAGGUCCUCAAUAUGGACACAAACAACGUACCAAGAUGCUUGCACUGCCCAGCUGGUACAUUUGCCGGUGAAAAACAAAAAGAAUGUACUUACUGCCCACGUGGUUUCUAUCAGAACUCAGAUAGACAAGGCUCUUGUAACAGAUGCCCGCAAGGAACCUACACCAGAGAAGAAGGAUCUAAGAGUAUCAAUGAUUGUAUACCUGUUUGUGGUUAUGGAACUUAUUCACCAACAGGCUUGGUACCUUGCUUGGAAUGUCCAAGGAAUAGCUUCACAGGAGAACCACCAAUCGAAGGUUUCAAGGAUUGUCAAUCUUGUCCUGCCAAUACUUUUACAUACCAGCCAGCGGCUUAUCACAAGGAUAAAUGUAGACCAAAGUGCGCACCAGGCAGCUACUCACAAACAGGUUUAGCACCAUGUUCUCCCUGUCCAAAAGAUUUCUAUCAAGCUCUCUCUGGACAAACUACUUGCAACGAAUGUCCGACCAACAUGAAAACAGAAGGUGUAGCAUCUACCGGAAGAGACCAAUGUCACUCAGUUCAAUGUCAAGAGAAUUCUUGUCAACAUGGUGGCCUCUGCGUUCCAAUGGGACACACAGUACAAUGUUAUUGCCCAGCAGGAUUUUCGGGAAGACGUUGUGAAAUAGACAUCGAUGAAUGCUCCUCUCAACCUUGCUAUAACGGUGCUACUUGUAUAGAUCUACCUCAAGGCUACAGAUGUCAAUGUGCACCUGGUUACUUUGGAAUUAAUUGCCAAGAAGAGAGAUCCGAUUGUAGCAACGAUACUUGUCCAGCCAGAGCAAUGUGCAAAGAUGAACCUGGUUUCAAUAAUUACACUUGCUUAUGUCGAUCUGGUUACACUGGACAAGACUGUGAUGUCACUAUCGAUCCUUGUUCUGCUAAUGGUAAUCCUUGCAACAAUGGAGCUACCUGUGUGGCCCUUCAACAAGGACGAUUCAUGUGUGAAUGUUUGCCAGGAUGGGAAGGACAAACGUGCGAUAUAAAUGUUGAUGAUUGUGCUGAGAAACCUUGUCUCCUUGGUGCCAACUGUACAGAUUUAGUUGAUGAUUUCAGCUGUUCUUGUCCUGCAGGUUUCACUGGAAAAAGAUGUCAAGAAAAGAUUGACUUAUGUUCUAGAAAUCCAUGCAAAAAUGGUGUAUGUGCCGAUAAAUUAUUCUUCUACCAAUGUAUUUGUGACCCAGGAUGGACAGGAGAAAACUGUGACUCCAACAUCAACGACUGCGCUGAUAAUCCUUGUGAAAACGAGGGACAGUGUAUAGACGGUAUUGACGACUUCACGUGUUCUUGUGAACCAGGAUACACAGGAAAGAAAUGCCAACAUACCAUUGAUUUCUGCUCAUCUGAGCCAUGCCAAAAUGGAGCCUCCUGCACUGAUUUGGUAGAUACUUUCUCAUGCAAGUGUAGACCUGGAUUUGUUGGUUUACAAUGCGAGGCAGAAAUUGACGAAUGUUUGAGUGAUCCUUGCAACCCUAUAGGAACAGAUAAAUGUAUCGAUUUGGACAAUAAAUUCGUAUGCAUGUGCAGGGAAGGUUACUCAGGAACGUAUUGUGAGGAAAAUAUCGAUGACUGCAAAUCUGAGCCAUGUUUGAAUGGAGCAUCAUGUAGAGAUGGCACAGGAACUUAUAGUUGUGUAUGUCCUCCAGGAUGGACUGGUGUUAACUGCGAAACUGACAUUGGUAGCUGCCAAUCUAAGCCCUGCCAAAAUGAUGCUGCUUGUAUUAAUCUUUUCCAAGACUUCUUCUGCGUUUGUCCAUCAGGUACUGACGGAAAACAAUGUGAAACUGCUCCAGAAAGAUGUAUUGGUAACCCAUGUAUGCAUGGAGGUAGAUGCCAAGAUUUUGGCUCUGGUCUCAAUUGUUCUUGCUCCGAUAAAUAUUCAGGAAUAGGUUGCCAAUAUGAAUAUGAUGCCUGCCAAGAAAACGAUUGUCAAAACGGUGCAACUUGCAUCAACGACCACCUCGGAUUCAAAUGUACUUGUCCUCCAGGAUACACUGGAAGGUAUUGCGAAGAGAACAUAAAUGAUUGCAAGGAAAAUUCGUGUCCGCCAAGUGCUACAUGUAUAGAUCUUACUGAGAAAUUCUACUGCAAAUGUCCUUUCAAUCUAACGGGCGAAGACUGCAGAAAAACUAUUUCUGUGGAUUACGAUCUCUACUUUAGUGAUGAAACUAGAAGCUCUGCUUCGCAAGUUGUGCCUUUCGAAACAGGUUCAAUGUCUAGUCUAACUAUUGCCAUGUGGGUGCAGUUUACACAAAAAGAUGAGAGUGGUAUCUUCUUUACUCUCUAUAGCGUGAGCUCGAAAAAUAUUCCGGAUAAUAGGAGAGCUAUUAUACAAGCACAUGCCAAUGGUGUACAAGUAUCACUAUUCCCAGACAUCCAAGACGUUUACCUUAGUUACAGGGAUUAUACAACUGUAAACGAUGCUCAGUGGCAUCAUAUUGCAAUAGUUUGGGAUGGCGAAAAUGGUGGAGAGUUGAAAUUGAUCACUGAAGGAUUAAUUGCCAGCAAAGUGGAAGGAUAUGCAGCUGGUAGAAAAUUACCGGAAUAUGCAUGGGUCACAUUAGGAAAGCCACAGUCUGGAAACCCUAAGGCAUAUACCGAAACAGGAUUCCAAGGCCAUUUAACUAAGGUUCAACUCUGGGGAAGAGCUCUUGACAUCACUAAUGAAAUUCAGAAACAAGUCAGGGACUGCAGAACUGAACCUGUAUUGCAUCGUGGAUUGAUACUGACCUGGGCUGGGUAUGAAGAAACUGUUGGAGGUGUAGAAAGAAUAGUUCCAUCCCACUGUGGUCAGAGGAACUGUCCUGCAGGUUACAGCGGUCCUAAAUGUCAACAACUCAAAGUAGAUAAGAUUCCACCAAAAGUUGAGUACUGUCCUGGUGACUUGUGGAUAAUUACAAAGAAUGGAUCUGCUCAAGUGUCUUGGGAUGAGCCUCACUUCAAUGACAAUGUUGGUAUUGUAAAGGUAGUGGAGAAGAAUGGACAUCAACCUGGACAAACCCUGUUGUGGGGAACAUACGAGAUAGCUUAUGUUGCUUUCGAUGCUGCAGGAAACACAGCUUCAUGUUCUUUCAAGGUUUCUGUACUCUCUGAAUUCUGUCCAGAGCUACCCGAUCCUGUAGGUGGUAUUCAGACAUGUAAGGACUGGGGCGCGGGAGGUCAAUUUAAGGUUUGCGAGAUCGCUUGCAAUGCUGGCCUCAGAUUCUCGCAAGAAAUUCCCAAAUUCUACACUUGUGGAGCUGAAGGUUUCUGGAGACCAACAACGGACCCCAAACUUCCAAUGUUCUAUCCCGCUUGUUCACCGUCUAAACCUGCUCAGAGGGUGUUCAAAAUUUCCAUGCUCUUCCCAACUUCUGUUCUUUGUAACGAAGCUGGACAGGGUGUUUUACGUCAAAGGAUAAGAAAUGCGGUCAACACGCUGAACAGAGAUUGGAACUUCUGUUCUUUCUCAGUAGAUGGAUCUAGGGAGUGCAAGGAAUUGAAUAUUGAUGUAAAAUGUGAUCAUAAGGAGAGCAGAAAGACCAGAGAAGCACGAGAUGGUGAUGAUGAAGAACAAGCUGGCUCCUAUAACAUCGAUGUUUCUGUACCAAUCAAACGACAAUCCCGCCAAGGACGUCAAUCUUCCAGUGACACCUACGAUAUCGAAAUAUCAUUCCCAGCAAUAAAUGAUCCUGUAAUCAAUUCCAACUCUAACGAAAGAUCUACAGUAAAAGAACUUCUGGAAAAACUCAUCUUGGAACAGGAUCAAUUCGAUGUGAGGGAGAUACUGCCGAAUACUGUUCCAGAUCCAGCUUCUCUAUCUCUAGAAUCUGACUACGCAUGUCCUCCAGGGCAAGUGGUCAUGGCACCUGAUUGUGUACCUUGUGCUCUUGGUACAUACUACGCCAAGAGUACUCAACAGUGCUUGCCAUGUCCUCAAGGAACUUAUCAGAGCGAGACAGGACAAAUGCAAUGCACCCAGUGUCCAGUUAUUGCAGGAAGACCAGGUGUUACUGUUGGCAUUGGAGCAAGAAGCGCCUCCGACUGUAAAGAACGUUGUCCUGCCGGAAAGUUCUACGACCAUGAAGCAGGGUUGUGUAGAAGUUGUGGCCACGGUUUUUACCAACCAAACGAAGGAUCCUUCUCGUGUGAUAUAUGUGGUCUUGGAAAAACGACAAGAACAACAGAAGCCGUUUCUGCUAAAGAGUGUAGAGAUGAAUGCGAAGGUGGAAAACAGUUGGGUGCUGAUGGAAAAUGUGAACUGUGUCCUAAAGGAUCAUAUAGAAGCCAUGGCAUACAAGCAGCAUGCCAGGCAUGUCCACUUGGAAGAACAACGCCAAAAACUGGAGCUACCACGAUUGAGGAAUGUUCUAUUCCAGUUUGUUCCCCUGGUAGUUACCUCAACAGCACUCUGAAUAACUGUAUCGAGUGUAGAAAAGGUUUCUAUCAACCAGAACCACAGCAAACAUCUUGUAUUUCUUGUCCACCAAAUACCAGUACUGAUGGUCCUGGAACAUCGAGCAGGGAAGAAUGUACGAAUCCUUGCGUAUCAGGCAAACCACCCAUGAAUUGCGAUAAGAACGCUUUCUGUCUUCUAGUAGGUGAUGAGUUCAAAUGCGAAUGCAAACAAGGCUUCAACGGAACAGGAUGGGACUGUUCAAGCGUUUGUGAUGGCUAUUGCAUGAAUGAAGGCAAGUGUGACAUUGACCCAAGAGGUCAGCCUAUUUGCAGAUGUAUUGGAAGCUUCACCGGGAGACGCUGUGCAGAGAAAUCUGAGUUCACUUACAUCGCCGGAGGUAUUACAGCAUCUGUGGUUCUCAUUAUCUUCAUCGUCCUUCUCAUCUGGAUGAUUUGCGCGAGGGCAAAUCGAAGAAAGGAACCCAAGAAACUCCUAACUCCAGCCACAGAUACUAACGGAUCUCAAGUGAACUUCUACUAUGGUGCACCAACACCAUACGCAGAAAGCAUCGCCCCUAGUCACCAUUCUACCUAUGCACACUAUUACGAUGAUGAAGAAGACGGCUGGGAAAUGCCCAACUUUUACAACGAAACCUACAUGAAAGAAAGCCUUCACAAUGGCGUGAAUGGCAAAAUGAACAGUCUAGCUAGAUCGAACGCCAGUAUUUACGGCACAAAAGACGAUCUUUACGAUAGGCUGAAAAGGCACGCCUACCCUGGCAAAAAAGGUAAUGAAGAUGAUGAUUGAGCGAGACGCCCAUAUUCUCAUUUCUUGACCCCCACCCUCAACUGAUUCUGUUACGUUUCAAUGAAGCUAAGAUCAACCCAGUGUAGACUCCACUCAUACUUUAUACUAAUAUUUAUCUUCAAUAACCCCAGAACAAGGAACAUAACCAAAGUAUCAAAGUCCUUGGUUCGAUAGAAAUUUUAGAACACUUAAAAUGAACUUCUCCUCAUGUCAAAGAUGUCUUAAACUGAAUAAGAUCCCAGAAUACUAACAAAACUAACUUUUUCAGAUAAAAGUGACAGUGACAGUGAGAGUCAAUAGUUUAAUCUGGUCAAGAAAGUGUAACUUAGUUGCUCAAGUAGCAUACGAUGAGAAUCUAGUGAGUUAACGAAUUGUAAAAAUGUUAUACAAAAGGACUCCAUUGUUAAGUGAAUAAAGUAUCGCUUAUUGGUAGCUUUACCAAGGAGUGAUAUGUUUUUAUUGCUAUUUUAUUCAAAUUUUACAACAUCACAGAAAGACCAACGUUCAAAUGAAGAUUUACCGGAGAAAAAUCGACUUGAUUUAUUUUAGAAUGUCGUUAUAAAUGAAUCUUCACUUGAACGGUUAGGUUUUGUAAUUAAGAUGGUUAACCCAAUCAAAAACUGCCUUCUGUAAUAAGUUUUUCUUGUAUUAAAUUUCUCUUGAAUAUUGUAAAUUAUACCUAUAAAAUUUAUGGAUAGAGGAAAUUGUUUUGGUUUAUUUCUCGAUCUUUACUUCCAUAUAUAAUCAUUAUUUAUUGUUUUCAUUACUUCUUCACCUCUUUAUGAAUCAGGCGUUUGAAUCGAAUUCAAUCACAUCACGAAAAGACUCGAAAACAUAUUGUACUGAACAAACGAUAUCACAUAUUAUUGUAAAACAACCCUGUAUAUUUUAAUAUUUGUAGAAUAAAAAUGUUUUACUCUUUUAUUGACCAUGUAAUAAUAAGAAGUGUGAAUGUGUAUUGAUGUAAGAAUAAAAUUGUUUUUUAUAUUGUUAAGAAUGACUGCAUAUAAAUAUAAUAUUUUACAGUA